AUGGCAAGGCUAGGCAUACCAGAUCUACCGUCGGGGAUCAAACUCGUGUACUUGGCAGAAGGCGCUGCCAAUGUGGUCUAUCGCUUCGACUUGACCGAAGCUUUCAUCCCUGGUCCCACCAACAGACCAGAUCUCCCGGAUACAGAUGACACCACAGUCCACGAAGCCCCCGGCCUCUUGCAAGGCAAACUCCUUCGUCUACGGAAAGACACCCCAGCCAACGUCCCCUACAAGGAGAUCGAGCAAAACUUUGACACCAUCAUUCGUCCGCUAUUCAAGCUCCAUGAACUAGUGAAUCAGUCCUUGAUCAGACUACCACCGGGUCUCAUCCACCACUGCAAUGAGCGACUUCGUGCCGCCGAAGAGAGCGGAUCAAGAGCUUUCAAACGUCAUGGAACGUACCUCAGUCUCACCGAGCCAUAUGGUUUAUUGAUCACUGACAUGACCACUUACAAUGACCCGGGUGCACACCUGGCAGAACUGAAGCCCAAAUGGCUCCUUCAAUCUCCGUCGGCUCCUGCUGAUGCUGACCGAUGCCGAACCUGCGCGUUGAAGCAGAUGCGUGACGCGGAGGCGAGAAGUCGUGGACAGGAAGAGCAGCGCUCAUUCUGUCCUUUGUCGCUAGUGUCUGAAAAGUUUGAGAUUGUUUUGCGUGCGACGGAGUAUGUGAAGGGGUGCUGGGACAAGACGCGACUUGCAGAGAUCUUGUUUCGACAUCCAGUGCUUUUGAGGCUGCUUUCUCUCCAAAAGGUCCAUCAGAGAGUUGGUUUGGAGGGACCGCCGCCAAAAACGCAGGUGAUGUCUCUCGAUAUGACGCUACGAGAUUGUACGGUUUAUAUCAAGAUUCCACAAGAUGAAGGCUCGCAGGUCGAAGUGCGCCUUGGAGAUCUUGAUCUGAAAUCGAGCGCUGGUGGCAAGGCUCAGUACUGGCGAGAUCUGGAGACUGACCUGAUUGAGGGAGGAUGGUACCACGGUCGUGAUGAAGAUGCCACUAAUGAUCAUGGGUGCCUGCUGCAGCAUUCGAAAGUGCCGGCGGCAUUGGCCCUGUUGCCGUAA